UCUCGAGACGGCCUUGUGCAUAUAUACCAUCUACUGUACACACAAUCCCGGCCGGUUGCUACCAACGCAAACAUCGAAAACCAUGGGGCCUUCACGAUCUCUCCCCUGCCUCGUCCUCCUCUUCCUCAUCGCCUCGUCCAGAGCCUCCGUCUUAGAGGACACGUGCAAAUCCUUCGCCGCCGGCCACCCCGGCAUCGGCUACGACUACUGCAUCAAGUUCUUCCAGGCCAGCAAGGACAGCGCCACCGCCGACAAGCGCGGCCUGGCCGUCAUCGCGUCGAAGCUCGCCGGAGCGGCGGCCAACAGCAUCGUCAAGCGCAUCCACCCCCUCAUGGCCUCGGAGAAGGACAAGCGCAUCCAGAUGGCCCUCCGCGACUGCGACCAGUUGUACUCGCUGGCCGUGGACGAGCUCGAUGGCGCGGCUAAAGGCGUCGCGGCGGGCUCACCGCGAGGCAAAGCGGACGCGGCGGCGUACGUCGACGGCGCGUUGGGCGCCCCCCGCACCUGCGAGACCGGGUUCGGGGAGAUGGGCGUGGAGUCGCCGCUCGUUAAGGAGGACUCCGAGUUCACCAAGGAGGUCUACAUCGUGCUCGAUAUAGUGCACUCGUUAUAAGUAGCUUGAUUAGAAGCGAA